AUUAUGUUUGUCAAAGAGAUACGCGGCGCGCGCUAUCCGGUUCGUUAGUAAAAACGUCAUACACGCGCGCCCGGAAUAGGAUCUUUGGUGUUUAUGCCUGGUUCGCUUCAUACACGGUAUGCACUGUUUACGGUAAUUCGAGUUGUGCAUCAUAAUUUUUUCACAAGAGGAGUAAAGAGCUUCAGUUCAGGAUGGGUGAAGACACUCCCGAUGUGGAGUUCUCCGAUGGCCACCACGGUGCAGCCGGUAACGCCACGGAUUACAUGACGGCUUUUCCCGUCGACAAUGCCGGGCUGGCAGACAUCCGCACCGAUGAAGAUAUCAUGCUGAAACCAGAGGACGGGACACAGGUCGCGUACCGGAGGCGAAAGGGAAUAAAAAAAUACAAGCAGUCGAUGAAAAUGUUGGUGCCGAUCCGACCAAAACCGAAAUCUGGUCCCUUCAUUCCUCUAGACCAUUCUGGCUUGUUCGCCUACCUCACCCUGUCAUGGUUGACGCCGAUGUUCAAGAAAGCCGUCAAAAGACAGCUAGAAUUCUCCGACUUCUGGAAGUUUUCCGACAAUGACAGCGGAUAUCGGAAUGGUGAAAGAUUCCAGUUGCUUUGGGAGGAGGAACUGAAGAAGAAAGGCAGAGAGAAGGCAUCACUGGGGAAGGUUUGCCUGAGAUUUGUCCGAACUCGCCACAUAUUUGCUGUUCUGUGUCUCCUGUUAUCCGUCGCCUGCAUAUUUGUGAUCACGUCUGUCUUAGUUCAGAGGUUGCUCAUGUACACAGAGGCAGAGGAACAGGAUCUUGGCUACGGCUUGGGUAUCGUGUUCGCCAUCUUGGGACUGAACAUCCUUCGGGUUAUUUUCGACGUCACCUUCUGGUUGACCAUCUUCCGUACCGCCACGCGGCUGCGCAACGGCCUGCUGUCCAUGACGUUUAAGAAGAUCGCGCGGCUGCGCAGUCUCCAAGACAAGACGGUGGGAGAGAUUGUCAACAUUUGCACCAAUGACAGCCAGCGUUUGUUUGACGCCAUGUCCAUUGGCAACCUCCUCAUCUCAUCCUGUUUCCUAUUGGUCUCCUGCAUCACCGCGGUGUCGAUCAUCGUUGGGCCGGCGGCAUUGAUUGGAGUACUGGGGACGUUUAUGGUCAUCACCCCUAUGCAGUUGGUCAUGGGUCGAGUUAUCGCGAAGCUUCGUCAGCGAGGCAUCCUGAUCACGGACGAGCGAGUGCAGAAGAUGAGCGAAGUGUUGACGUAUGUCAAGCUCAUCAAGAUGUACGCCUGGGAAGCGCCAUUCGCUAAGAAAGUUGCAGCUAUUCGAGCCACAGAGCGCACCAUCUUGGAGCGAGUCGCGUACAUCAUUAGUUUCAGCUUGUCACUGAUCCCGCUGGUACCCAACAUCGCCACGGUGUUGACCAUCGUCAUCCACAUCGGCUUCGGCAACGACAUCACGGCUGCUGAGGCCUUUACGCUGAUCGCUGUACUGAACUCAAUGAGAUCGGUGCUUGGACCCACGCCGUUCGCUAUGCGUGUCCUUGCGGAGAGUGCUAUCGGACUGAGGCGAAUAAAAAGUGUCCUAGACAUGACCGAUAUUCCACCCCUCCCGCAAUUGCCACCUGAUGACCAGUGUACUGUGGUCAUCAAGAACGCUUCCUUCGGCUGGGAUAAGGUCAAAUCGGUCGCUGGUGGUAAGAAAGAAGACGAAGACAAUGAUAAAGAAGAUGAACAGAAAAAUGCUGCAAAUGGAGCAGCCGUUGAUGGAGUUACUGUCUUGGUUGAGGAUGGAAAGCCAGGAAACGGUAUCGAAAAUGGCGGUCCAAGCAUCGCACCGGACUCGCCUUCAAAAGACGAUAGCGAAGCCUUUGAGGACGUUCCUUUAAAGAAAUCCCCAAACACCAAUAAUAACGCCAAUGCCUCAAGCAAUGGGAAAGAAAGCGGGGGAGCCAGGCAGGGGUCGGAGGUCACCGGAGGAGAUGACCCAACCGACCCUGAUGACCUCAAGGUCAAGACUCUCUUUGAUAUCGACCUCAGUCUGGAAAAGGGUCGACUUACUGGAGUCUGCGGUGCCGUCGGGAGUGGCAAAAGCUCCCUCAUCUCGGCCAUUUUAGGUCAGAUGCACACCAUGGAGGGGUCGUGCGCUGUGUCCGGCUCAUUUGCAUACGCCGCGCAGGAGCCGUGGAUAUUCAACGCGACGCUACAGGAGAACAUUCUGUUUGGAGCCGAGAUGGACGAGGGGCGGUACGAGAAGGCUAUCGCUGCCUGCUGUCUGACACAGGACCUGGAGAUCCUAACAGAUGGUGAUAUGACAGAGAUCGGAGAGCGAGGCAUCAACCUGAGUGGAGGUCAGAAGCAGCGCGUCAGUCUAGCGAGGGCGGUGUAUGCAGAUCGCGAUGUCUAUCUCCUGGAUGACCCUCUGAGUGCAGUGGACGCCCACGUCGGCUUGCAUAUAUUCAACGAGUGCAUCAAGGGUGCCCUCAAGGGAAAGACGGUGCUGUUUGUUACGCAUCAACUCCAGUAUCUUAAAGACUGUGACAGUAUUCUGACGAUGGUCGACGGCCGCAUUGCUGAGCGAGGCACCCACACAGAGCUGAUGGAUGAUGAAGGGGAGUAUGCGCGGCUUAUCAGCAAACACCACGCCAAGGCAGAGAGUGACGAGAAUGAUAAAGAGGAGGCGGAGCUCGAGGUGGAGGAGGUUGGGAAAUUGCAGCGGAGUCACAGCCAGAUGUCGUCGAAGAGCGUUGGUAGCAACGCAUCCGAGAAAUCGGACAGAGAAGAGGAUGGCAAGUUAGUACAGGACGAGGAUCGGUCGGCAAAUGCAGUCGGCUGGGUGACGUACAAGGGUUACAUGAAGGCUGCGGGUGGAUAUCACAUGAUCCUCCUAGCGUUCCUCACCUACAUCCUUGUCAUCGGGAGUCUGAACUUCAAUAACUGGUGGCUUAGCUUCUGGUUAAAUCAAGGGAAUGGAACACAGAUCCAAGUGAACGGUACAAAUCCAGGUGAUCCCCCAACGAUGGUGACGGUAGGCAGUAUUGCUGAUCACCCAGACCUGAACUUCUACAUGAUGAUUUAUGGAGUGACUCUCGCUGCUACUUUGGUCUUCGGCGGUCUGAAAAGUAGAGUUCUGAUGAAGAUUCUACUCCAGGCUUCCUCAACGAUGCACGACACUGUCUUUGUCAAGGUCUUCCGCAGUCCCAUGUCGUUCUUUGACACCACCCCGACGGGACGAGUCCUUAACAGGUUCUCCAAGGAUCUGGACGAAGUGGACGUCCAGCUGCCCACAAACAUGGAGAUCUUUACCCAGAAUAGCUUCCUCAUCCUGUUCGCUUUGAUCACCAUCAGCAUCGUCUUUCCGUACUUCCUGGCCGUCAUGGUGCCGAUCGUCUUCUUCUUCGGUCUGAUUCUGUACUACUACCGGCGCGGGGUGCGCGCCAUCAAACGUAUUGAGAAUGUCACGCGUUCACCAUGGUUCUCCCACAUUAUGGCCACAGUGCAGGGUCUGUCCACCAUACACGCCUACGGUAAAACUGAAGAAUUUAUCAACAGGUUUAUCAAUCUCCUAGACAACAACUCCCAGCCGUACAUGAUCUUCCGCAUGGCUUCCCGGUGGGCCGGUCAGCGUCUUGAGGUCUUGGUCAUCGGAGCUUCGCUGGUGACCAAUCUCUUCGUGGUCCUGACCUAUGGUAUUGUGUCCCCGGCGUUGGCUGGACUGGCGGUGUCCUACACAAUCCAGAUUACAGGUCUGUUUCAGAUUACAAUUCUCAUGGCCUCUGAGACUGAGGCCAGAUUCACGUCGGUGGAGAGAAUUCUGAGCUACACACGGAUUUUAAAAUCUGAAGCCCCACCCCAUAUCAAAGAGACGGCACCAGACAAAGACUGGCCCCAGGAGGGGGAGAUUGAGUUUAAGAAUUACAAGAUGCGUUACCGCGACAACCUGCCGCUCGUCAUCAAGGGCAUCAAUUGUCGGAUCAAGCCCAAGGAGAAGAUCGGCAUUGUGGGAAGGACUGGCUCAGGGAAGUCUUCGCUGGGUGUUGCCUUGUUCCGAUUGGUGGAACCGUCUUCGGGCGAGAUCGUGAUCGACAAAGUCAGCAUAGCGACCAUCGGACUUAACGACCUGCGAUCAAAGCUGUCCAUCAUCCCUCAGGAUCCAGUGCUCUUCAAAGGAACAGUCAGAUAUAACCUGGACCCCUUUGAGGAGUACAGCGAUGCUAAGAUAUGGGAAGCCUUGGAACGAACCUACAUGAAAGAUAAGAUCAGUACUCUGGACAACCAGCUGGAAGCCCCAGUGGUUGAAGGUGGAGACAACUUCUCGGUCGGGGAGAGGCAGCUCAUGUGUAUGGCUAGAGCUCUUCUCCGCAACAGCAAGAUCUUGAUGUUGGACGAGGCGACAGCAGCCAUCGAUACAGACACCGACAGCCUGAUUCAGACCACCAUCAGGGAAGCAUUCAGUGAAUGCACCUUGCUGACCAUCGCUCACCGACUCAACACCAUCUUAGAUUCAGACAGGGUACUCGUUAUGGAUGAUGGCUGGAUUGCGGAGUUUGAUAAACCGGCAUCGCUUCUCGCAAAUCCAGACUCCAAAUUUUUCAAGAUGGUGGAAGCCGCAGAGUCACAGAAGCACGCAGUAGCAGAAUCAUAGAUGACACUCGUUAAAGUUAUUGAUAACUGCUACAAUUGAUAAUUAUGAAGACAAAUUACAUUGCGCUAAACUCCUGGACUCCGCUAGUGGUAGUAACGAAAGUUACUGCACGGUACAAAAGGAUGUGAUUUGGAUUAAGGGAAUAAAUGUGU